AUGAGCCAGCCCAGGCCCCGCUACGUGGUAGACAGAGCUGCGUACUCUCUCGCCCUCCUCGACGAUGAGUUCGAGAAGAAGGACCGGACGUACCCACUGGGAGAGAAGCUUCACGAUGCCUUCAGAUGUUCCUCUGCCAAGAUCAAAACCGUGGUGUUUGGGCUGUUCCCUGUGCUCUCCUGGCUCCCCAAGUACAAAAUCAAAGACUACAUCGUCCCCGACCUGCUUGGCGGCCUCAGCGGUGGAUCCAUCCAAGUGCCACAAGGCAUGGCAUUCGCUCUUCUAGCCAACCUUCCCGCCGUCAACGGCCUCUACUCUUCCUUCUUCCCCCUGCUGACCUACUUCCUCCUGGGGGGCAUACACCAGAUGGUGCCAGGUACCUUUGCUGUUAUCAGUAUCCUGGUGGGUAACAUCUGUCUGCAGCUGGCCCCAGAGUCAAAAUUCAAGGUCUACAACAAUGCUACCAAUGAGAGCUAUGUGGACACAGCAGCCAUGGAUGCGGAGAGGCUGCACGUGUCAGCGACACUAGCCUGCCUGACUGCCGUCAUCCAGAUGGGCCUGGGCUUCAUGCAGUUUGGCUUUGUGGCCAUCUACCUCUCCGAGUCCUUCAUCCGGGGCUUCAUGACGGCUGCCGGUCUGCAGAUCCUGAUCUCGGUGCUCAAGUACAUCUUUGGACUGACCAUCCCCUCCUACACAGGCCCAGGGUCCAUCGUCUUUACCUUCAUUGACAUUUGCAAAAACCUCCCCCACACCAACAUCGCCUCGCUCAUCUUCGCCCUCAUUAGUGGUGUGUUCCUGGUGCUGGUGAAGGAGCUCAACGCUCGCUACAUGCACAAGAUCCGCUUCCCCAUCCCUACUGAGAUGAUUGUGGUGGUGGUGGCAACAGCUAUCUCCGGGGGCUGUAAGAUGCCCAAAAAAUAUCACAUGCAGAUCGUGGGCGAGAUCCAACAUGGGUUCCCUACUCCUGUGUUGCCUGUGGUUUCUCAGUGGAAGGACAUGGUUGGCACAGCCUUCUCCCUGGCUAUCGUGGGCUAUGUCAUCAACCUGGCUGUGGGCCGGACCCUGGCGAGCAAGCACGGCUAUGACGUGGAUUCUAACCAGGAGAUGAUCGCCCUAGGCUGCAGCAACUUCUUUGGCUCUUUCUUUAAAAUCCAUGUCAUUUGCUGUGCUCUCUCCGUCACUCUGGCUGUGGAUGGAGCUGGAGGAAAAUCCCAGGUGGCAAGCCUGUGUGUAUCUCUGGUGGUGAUGAUCACCAUGCUGGUCCUGGGGUCCUAUCUGUACCCUCUGCCCAAGUCUGUGCUAGGAGCCCUGAUAGCUGUCAACCUCAAGAACUCCCUCAAGCAACUCGCCGACCCCUACUACCUGUGGAGGAAAAACAAGCUGGACUGUUGUGUCUGGGUGGUGAGCUUCCUCUCCUCCUUCUUCUUGAGCCUGCCUUACGGCGUGGCGGUGGGUGUCGCCUUCUCCAUCCUGGUUGUGGUCUUCCAGACCCAGUUUCGAAAUGGCUAUGCUUUGGCCCAGGUGAUGGACAUGGACAUUUAUGUGAAUCCCAAGACCUACAAUAGGGUCCAGGAAAUCCAGGGGGUUAAGAUCGUCACUUACUGCUCUCCUCUCUACUUUGCCAACUCGGAGAUCUUCAGGCAGAAGGUCAUUGCCAAGACAGGUAUGGACCCCCAGAAAGUGUUGCUGGCCAAGCAAAAGUACCUCAAGAAGCAGGAGAAAGGAAGACUGAUGCCCACGCAACAGAGGAAGUCUCUAUUUAUGAAAACCAAGACUGUCUCCCUGCAGGAACUCCAGCAGGACUUUGAGAACCCCUCCCCGACUGACCCCAACAACAACCAAGCACCUGCUAAUGGUGCCAGCGUGUCCUACAUCACUUUCAGCCCUGACGGCCCCCCAGCUCCCCACUGUGAGCCACCGGCCCCUGCUGAGACUCCCAGUGAGCCCAAUGAUGUGCUGGCCAGCGUCCCGCCCUUCCUCACCUUCCACACCCUCAUCCUCGACAUGAGUGGAGUCAGCUUUGUGGACUUAAUGGGCAUCAAAGCCCUGGCCAAGCUGAGCUCCACCUACGGGAAGAUUGGUGUGAAAGUCUUCUUGGUGAACAUUCAUGCCCAGGUGUACAACGACAUUAGCCAUGGAGGCGUCUUUGAAGAUGGGUGUCUAGAGCGCAACCACAUCUUUCCCAGCAUACACGACGCAGUCCUCUUUGCCCAGGCAAAUGCCAGAGAAGUGGCCCCAGGAUGUGACUUCCAAGGGGCCCCAGUGGACCCUGAGAUCUUCUUAUACGAUGAGGAGGAGGAGACCUCCAGCUACUGGGACUUAGAGCAGGAGAUGUUCGGGAGCAUGUUUCACGCAGAGACUCUGACCGCCCUGUGA